AUGUCAGGACCAGCUUCUCCUCGGUCUACUACCCUCUCAAGCAUGCAGAAUCCACGCGAACCUGCAACCUCACCACCCUCACCUCAGACAAAAACCGUCAAUAUCCAAGUCCACGGCCUCAGAGCACACUACUUCCUCAACCGGCCUCCGGAAGACCUCGUCCCAGCUCGCUACCUCCGCAAGGCCGACAGAUCGCGUAAGGCCCCGGCAUUCCUUCUAUAUCACAGUACUGACCCUGUAGCUGUUGUCCAACGCGCCCCAUGGAUCUUCCGAGCCUCCAAAACCCUCCACAACGCUGACGUCAAACACUGGUCCAAGGUCGACAUCCGCUUCCGCGGCGUAUUCCAAACGCUGGAGAAGGUGCCCUCGUUCCGCGCAGGCCUGUACGAGGACGACCACGGGCGUCUCAAUGACGGCGACGAACCACCGCCGGACUUCCACGACGCUGCGGGCGCCCAGGGACUCGUCAUCUACGCUCUCCUGCAUGAGAUCCUGACCAUGAUAGAUAUCCGGCGCGAGGCCGAAUCCCACAAGUCGUUCUUCUGUCUUUGCCCGCGCCUCUUCAGUCUGAACCUGGAGUACUGGACCGGCUACCAAGAGAGACACAAAGACGGCCCCCGCACCGCCGGACUCGUCACGCUGACCGUCCACCCAGAGCAGCACGUCGUCCGCGCCGUCUUCCCCGUGUCGACGGUACACCACCCGCGUUGGCGUCUCCCUCGAGUCCGCCCUGCAGGACAAGUUCAAGCUCCUCCUCGCACAGUUCCUCCUCCACAUCCACCGUCUCCACCCGCCCGGCGACAAGAUCCCCGACCAGGAGGUCUACCUGCUCGGGCUGCACGGAUCCAGACUGCAUCUGCUCCGCGGCAUCUUCCCGGGCCACAAGACGUCCCGGCUGUGGAGCGGGCGGCACAUACCCUCGCCAACGGGGCUGUCAGCAUCGGCCGACGAAGAGGCGGUCGAGAUAACGGCGCAGAUGGAGCCGGGACGCCCCGCCGAGCGGUUCUACUCCAAGACGAACCUUGA